AUGGACAGAUCAAUGACUGUCCUUCAAAUAGCCCUGACACAGGAAAAGGAGAUCUUUGGAGACAUCCCUCAUCCCCUGGAGCAUGACACUACCCAUUUAGUCAUUGGGAGAGGCCAUAACACCUAUUUCAAAUUUAGGCUUUCUGGCAUCUCUCACUGCAAUAUAUCCCUGGAGCCAUAUCUGGAGAAGGGAAAUGUCUGCCUGACAUUCUGUCUGAAGAUCCUAAACAGAAGCAGCAGAGUGUGGGUGAAUGGACUGACCUUGAAAUACCUGGAGAAAGUCCCAGUGACGGCAGUUAGCAAGGUCAUAUUUUCUGGAGUCCAGAUGGUUAUUCAUGUUAAGGUUGGUGCUUCUAAAGAAAAGUUUGCCUGUUGUAUCCAUUUACUGAUUUACAAGGCAAAGGCAGAAGAGACAGAAGAGUUUGAAGCCUUCCAAGAGAAUCCAGAGCUCCCACAAGAGACCGGGGAGUUAAAUUAA